GUUGUUGAAAGCGCGAGUGUCUGAGAAUGAACCACGCUUCCCUUUCCCACCUUCAACUCCUCACCGAAUUAAUUUAAUUCAAAAAUCAAUCAAACUAUAGCAUAGCAUACAUAUAUAAAUUCAAACAGACAUAGUGCUUGUUCUGUAUAUUAAUCUAAUCUGUGUUAGAUACUUGUUCUUAAAUAUUGAAUAUAGAAAGAAAACAAUGGGUGUUAAUGCGAAUUCAGAUUCAAAGCCAAUUACGGUUGAGAUCAAAGAGCUGAAAUUCACUUAUCCUGGAAUCGACGGUCAUCCUCCACCGGGUUCCAAACCGCUAAUUGAACAUUUCUCUCUCAAUCUCUUCUCCGGUGAUCGGUGCCUUCUCGUUGGAUCCAAUGGCGCCGGAAAGACUACGAUUCUGAAGAUAUUAGGAGGGAAACAUAUGGUGGAACCUGAAAUGGUUCGUGUUCUUGGAAGAUCUGCUUUUCAUGAUACUACUUUAACUUCUUCCGGUGAUCUUUGUUAUCUUGGUGGUGAGUGGAGGAGAGAUGUUGCUUUUGCUGGCUUUGAAGUUCCAAUACAGAUGGACAUUUCUGCCGAGAAAAUGAUAUUUGGUGUGGCUGGGAUUGAUCCUGCUAGAAGAGCAGAGCUAAUUAAGGUAUUAGAUAUCAAUCUUUCAUGGAGAUUGCAUAAAGUAUCCGAUGGUCAAAGAAGAAGAGUGCAAAUUUGUAUGGGUCUCCUCAAACCAUUUCAGGUUCUUCUUCUGGAUGAGAUAACAGUUGACCUUGAUGUUCUAGCAAGAGCUGACCUUCUGAAGUUUCUAAGAAAGGAAUGUGAUGAGAGGGGUGCCACUAUUAUAUAUGCAACACAUAUAUUUGACGGUCUUGAGGAUUGGCCAACAAAUAUUGUUUAUGUAGCUCAUGGAAGGCUGGAACUAGCAAUGCCCAUAGAGAAAGUCAAAGAAACUAGCAAACUAUCACUAAUGAGAACAGUAGAAGUUUGGUUACGGAAGGAGCGAGAUGAAGAUAGAAGACAAAGGAAAGAAAGGAAGGCUGCUGGCCUUCCUGAAUUUGAUAAGCAAGUUGAUGGAAGCCGUGUAGUUGGAGGGGAUCCUGCACGAGCUCCGGUUCGAGUUACUAAUAAUGGCUGGGCUGCAGGUCGGUUACAUUCCACUAUUGCCGGUGAAGAAAACUUCCUCCUAAGCUCAAACCGAGUUUUGAGGGGGUAAAAUAAUUUUCAAAUUCUUUGAGCGCUUUUGCUGUUUGAUUUUUUAAACUUCAAAUAAAAUUUGUUUGCCAAUGCUUUCUGGUAUUUAUAAUCCUCUUUGCUAUAGAAAGGGUCCCAUGUUAUGCAGAGAAAGUAAAGUUAAUGUAUGUAGCCUCGAAAGUAUAUGAUGCUUGAUUGAAAGCGUUUUGUAACCUUGUUAUUACAAAUUUGUAACACUGUAUUUGGGUGAAAAGAGAACAAUAGCAGCCGUAUUAAAAUUUUGUUAUAAUGUUUCCCGGUCUGGUAUC